GCGCAUGUUGCCCACAUUUUUCGAUUAUUUUAAAGCACCGUUGAUACGAGCGUUGUGAAAAAUUUUCAGAAAAAAAGAACACUGUCAAGGUAAAUUCUUAGUCGGAUCAGUCUUCAAAGAAAUCUUUUCAGCGUGGAGUCUGUAUUGUAGGUGGUACACGGUAACAGUUUCAGCCAAAACGUCAUAAGAGUUCCAAAUAAUGUUGCUAAGAGCCGGUGGUUGCUAACAACUUGUAACUAAAUCGACUAGAAGUUUGCAAGUUUGCGCAGUCGUCUUCAGCUGUCGAUGACCGAAGAGAUCGCACGCACGUCUCGAUCAAGCUAUCCUCUCUCAGACAUUGUAUUUCCGAAGUCUAUGACGAGAAUAUCGGUGUAGCCAGCAAGUAUGCCCGGGCAGAGCUUCGAUGUAAUUUCCUUCGUCAAGGACCUUAUGGCGGGCGGGACAGCUGCCGCCAUCUCCAAGACGGCAGUGGCACCGAUCGAGCGCGUCAAACUUUUGCUCCAAGUACAGGCAGCCUCUACACAGAUCGCAGCGGACAAGCAAUACAAAGGCAUCUUUGACUGUUUCCGUCGGGUCGUCAAGGAGCAAGGCUUUGUCUCUCUCUGGCGGGGCAACCUGGCCAAUGUCAUCCGCUACUUCCCGACUCAAGCCCUCAAUUUCGCCUUCAAGGACAAGUACAAGCAGCUCUUCCUCAGCGGGGUGGACAAGCGCACGCAGUUCGCCCGCUACUUCAUCGGGAAUCUUGCCUCCGGCGGGGCGGCCGGCGCUACCUCGCUCUGCUUCGUCUACCCGCUCGACUUCGCCCGGACGCGCCUGGCGGCCGACAUCGGGCGGCAUGACGGGGGUGGUCGGCAGUUCAAGGGGCUUGGCGACUGCCUGACCAAGAUCAUCAAGUCGGACGGCAUCCAGGGCUUGUACCGGGGCUUUGGGGUGUCUGUGCAGGGCAUCAUCAUCUACCGGGCCGCCUACUUCGGCACGUACGACACCGUGAAGGGAUUGAUCCCAUCUCAGUACAACAACAUCCUGGUGAGCUGGAUGAUCGCCCAGGUGGUGACCACAGGCUCCGGUGUGGUCAGCUACCCGUUCGACACUGUCCGUCGCCGCAUGAUGAUGCAGUCGGGCCGCAAGGACAUCUUGUACAAGAACACCAUUGACUGCUGGAAGAAGAUCUUCAAGCAGGAGGGGCCAACUGCUUUCUUCAAGGGGGCGUUCUCCAACGUUCUCCGCGGGACCGGUGGCGCUCUGGUGUUGGUGUUGUACGACGAGAUUAAAGCACUUCUCUAAACUAAAGCUUUGGACUAUCUUCCAAACUAAGCUGAUUUAUUUUACCGUCCAUUCUUUCCAGAUACGUAUACAAAAAUGGUAUCUGCUCUCCCAAACAAAAUUAAACAAGGCCAAGGAAACAGAAUUUAAGGAAAUUACCAUUUCAUCCACCUAGACACUUAGACAACUAGUCUUGCAUUGUUUGCAGUUUGUUCACUGGCAAUUCAUAACAACAUUCCUGUUCGAAAAUGUAUCCUUUAGUUCAAACCAUUUAGGUCCUGAAAAGUUAGUCAGCUGAUUAUUUCAAAUUCCCAUAUUAAACCUUUCAUAUAGAAUGACAAAUUGGAAUUUUGGACAUUGAAAUCACUGUUUCCAUUUUCACCCAUUAGACUACGAUUUCUGGUUGAAGAAAACAAAAACGCAAUAAGAUUUUUUUAGAUCAUAAAACAAAAAGCACUCUAAGUCAUGUUCUUUUUGUCACUACUAACCCUGAACCGUUCCGCUUGGAAAAUAAAUUGAACUUAUAGCCUAAACGUGAGACUUGUAACUGAAAAUUGUAGUUUCUCCGUUUUUUUCGUACACUUUGCCUUAAUUGCCAAACUAAGUGAACUCAAUGAUAGAUAAAUUCAAAUGUAAUGCGGGGGCACGGGCAAGUCGGGGCACAUCCAGAUCACGAUUUAAAGAAAACGCUUUCGAGUUGUUAAAGUAUUGUUACACCAAGCAAGAAAAUUAAAAUAUACGGAGGAAACGAA